AUGAAUGACAGGCAACGCGCACCUGCAGGUCAGCUCUGUGGACAGGCACCUACAGGUCAGCUCUGUGGACAGGGGCAGGACCUGCAGGUCAGCUCUGUGGACAGGGACCUGCAGGUCAGCUCUGUGGACAGGGACCUGCAGGUCAGCUCUGUGGACAGAGACCUACAGGUCAGCUCUGUGGACAGGCACCUACAGGUCAGCUCUGUGGACCAACAGGUCAGCUCUGUGGACCUACAGGUCAGCUCUGUGGACAGGGACCUACAGGUCAGCUCUGUGGACAGGGACCUACAGGUCAGCUCUGUGGACAGGGACCUACAGGUCAGCUCUGUGGAAGCCAGACAACACUGUGCACGUGUGCGGCGGCAUCAUUCUUAA